GUUGUGGAACACGCUGUCCUUUACCUUAAAAACACUUUAAAAUAACAAACAAAUCGCGAUUAAACCUGUGACAUGUUCGUCUACGACACCAGAAGAGCUUGUCGAGCACAGUUUGGUGUUAAAGUCGCGUUUUAAUCGUCCUUUAGUCGUGUUGGAAGUGAAAGUGAGUCAGUGUUGGAUCAUAACAGGUUCAGAGAGGUGGAGCUGUGCACACAUUAUGGCGAGUGUGCUGUGCAGGAGGGUCAGACAGGUGAGUCAGUCGUCUGUGGUUCACACACUGGCUCAGAGGAUCGUGGCCGUCAGAGGUUUUUCAGCCGCGGGUUCGUCUGGAUCAGAUGAGCCAUAUAUAGCUGUACCAUCUCAAAACUCAGGUCCUAGAACAGUGUGGCCAGAUGAGGCCAUGGGUCCGUUUGGGCCACAAGAUCAGCGGUUCCAGUUGCCAGGCAACGUGGGUUUCGACUGUCACCUGAAGGGUACCGGGUUACAGAUGAAAGGGCCGGUUCACCGGACGGUCCCGGACGUUUUAACCGCCCCAUCCAGCACAGAGAGACACGAGUUCAUCCUCGCUCAGUUUGUUAAUGAAUACCAGGGUAAAGAAACAUCGCUGACGGCACAGAGAGUCAGUAAAGCUGAACACUACUUCAGUCAGUCAGAUGUGGAGUGUUCAAUGCAUUCCUGCCCAGAGCUGCUUAAGAAAGAGUUAGAGCUGUUUUUCCCAGUGCUGCCUGCGAGUCCCAUCACUGUCGUCACCGUAACACAGAAAAACCAGAAAACGGGCGCAGAAGAUCAGAGCAAAAAUCAACAGGAACUAUUAGAUCAUUUUGUCAGUGGUGCUAAAGAAAUCUGCUUCACGCUGUGGAGAGGAGGAUACUGGGCCGAUUUCAUCAAUCCACUAUCAGGAAAAGCUUUUUUUGGCGAUCAGACGCCGGAGUCUAUUCUCCAGCAGGACGCUGAGCGUCACGCUGGCUUUCACAUCGAGGACCUGGCCUCAUGUACGCUCAUACGGCACGUCUUCAAGGGGACGUCCACGUUUGUCUUAACGCUCAUCACUAAUGCACCUUCCAACAGUCUGAUCAUGGAGAAACUUCAAGGACACUCAGGCACCUCAGAGGACAAAAACUGAUGGACAUUUGCAUACCAAAAAAAGUACUGUUUCUUGAUUUUUGAAUACAAACUUGCUGGUUGUAAUGUUACAAAACGAGCUGCUGUGAUGAUUUAGAGACACACACGGCAAAAAUGCAUAUUUAUUUAUAAAAUAUAAACAAUAAAAUACACACAUUCAAGUUCAGGGGUGAAACAAACCACAUGGUGCUUUACAAAACAUCAGCAGCCUUUGAGAGAACGUACUGUCGGUAAAACGUCAUCUAGAGUCGGGACGUCUGAAAGAGAGGAAAUGCGACUCAACUAGUGCCACAACAAUAUUUUAGGAGAACAAAUCAACUGUGCUUUAUGAUUUUAGUGCACUAGAAUACUAAUGGAUCAACUUGUAAUGUCAGUUUGACUGAUUUCUGUCUUGUUAAAUGUGAAUAAAGUUUAUUCUCACCCAGA